GGAUAGAAGAGCAUAGUUGUCAAUUCACACUCAUAAAAUAAUUAUCGCUUCCAGUAUUUAUUCUUGUCGUUGCUUGCUGAUGCAUGAAGGAGUCUCAUUCCAAGUAAUUGAAAAAGCAGAGGGAGGGAGGGAGGCAGCGUGGGAUUCUGAAGGGAUUAAGACAGGGAAACAGAGCCGGUGAAUGUUGGCAGAGAGAGAGGUUUCAGCUUGCUGUUAUUGGUUUAAUAAGAGGUAGUUAAAUCCUUUCUUACUCGCUGAACUCAUCAAUUGAGAAGGAUUUAUAUAUGGGAUCGUCAUCGGGGCCAGCACCAGGGAGGAAGUAUAGCAAACCCCUUGGAAUUCGGUUCUUUGAGCACAUCAAGAAAACCAAACUUUCCUUCAAAACCCACCAAACAAUUGUCCUGAUUGUAACAUUUGUUGCAUACACCAGCUACCAUGCUGCUCGAAAAACCACUAGCGUUGUCAAGAGUGCCCUUGAUCCGCAGUCAUCGGAUUUUAGGAUGAAGUUUUUCCCCUUGCGAAUAACUCACUUCCAUGGACCGAUUGAAAGCGAGAAAUUUUCGUGGGUGCUUGGGAGUGGUUGGGCUCCUUUCAAUGGAUCAGAUGGCACAGCCUUGCUUGGUGAAAUUGAUGUGGCUUUCCUCUCAGUAUAUGCUCUGGGAAUGUACUUCUCUGGACAGUUGGGUGACAGAUUGAAUUUGAGAAUACUUUUGACAGUGGGAAUGGUAGGAACUGGUUUGUUCACUUCACUUUUCGGUGUUGGCUACUGGGCAAACAUUCAUAAUUUCUACUACUUCUUAAUAGUUCAAAUGUUUGCCGGACUGUUUCAAUCAACCGGAUGGCCUUCGGUGGUUGCCGUUGUUGGGAACUGGUUUGGGAAGAAAAGGAGAGGGCUGAUUAUGGGUAUUUGGAAUGCUCAUACAUCUGUUGGGAACAUUUCGGGUUCUUUGAUUGCUUCAGCGCUACUUCAAUAUGGAUGGGGUUGGUCUUUUGUGGUGCCUGGUCUUCUUAUUGCUUUCAUUGGUUUGGUGGUUUUUCUGCUGUUGCCGGUUAGUCCUGAUUCAGUAGGAGCUGACAGAGAUGAGGAUGCUUUGGCGUCUCCUGAGAAAAUUGGGGAGGGACUAGCAGAACCUCUUUUAGGAUCAGAUACAGACGUUGAGGAGAAAGCCGUGGGGUUCAUUGAAGCAUGGAAGAUUCCUGGAGUCGCUCCAUUUGCUUUUUGCCUGUUCUUUGCCAAAUUGGUCGCCUAUACAUUUCUAUAUUGGCUCCCUUUCUACAUUUCCCACACAGAGAUAGAUGGCAAGUAUUUAUCUGAUGAGACAGCCGGAAACUUAUCUACGUUGUUUGAUGUUGGAGGAGUGAUCGGAGGAAUUCUUGCAGGCCACAUUUCUGAUCGCUUGAAUGCGAGAGCCAUAACAGCAGCGAGUUUCAUGUAUUGUGCCAUCCCUUCUCUCUUUUUAUACCGGUGUUAUGGAGACAUUUCCUUGUGCCUAAAUGCCAUCCUAAUGCUCAUCACUGGAUUGUUCGUGAAUGGGCCUUAUGCUCUUAUAACCACGGCUGUUUCAGCUGACUUGGGAACCCAUAAUUCCUUGAACGGGAACUCUCGCGCUUUGGCAACUGUGACAGCCAUUAUAGAUGGAACGGGCUCUGUUGGGGCUGCCCUCGGACCAUUAUUAACUGGUUAUAUAUCUGCCAAGAGCUGGAGUGCAGUCUUUACAAUGCUGAUGGCAUCCGCCCUCGUGGCAGGCCUGCUUCUAACAAGGCUUGUUGUGACCGAGGUGAAUGCUAAGAUUGAGGAAUCGAGAUCACAAAGAGGGCAAUCCUCAAGAUCUCCUGCAGCAGCACCUGAAGUGUGAUUGUUGACAAAAGGGCAGUAGGCCUCCUUUUGUUUCAUUUGUUUGUUUAGGAAGUUCCAGGGUUCCUUGCUUAUGAUCAUUAGAUGAAGAGGGAAAGUCCCUCCGAUACGAUGAUCUUUGAAGAUAGAAGAGGAUGCUUUUUAAUCCUCUUUACUUUCAGUUUGGAGUAUUGAGGAAAGAUUUUUUUUUUUAUUUGGGGGGUGGUGGAGUGGGGAUUUAUUUUAUCUUUUAUUUUGGAUUUUAAUCCAUAGCCAUGUGCAGUUGUAUGUUUCAUCAGAUACAGAGUGGAAUUCGGAAAGAUAAUUCACUCGGAGAUGGCUCAUUGUUUUUGUUGCUCAAUAUUUUGUCCAUUUGAGAAAGUCAUUUGAUCUGCUGAUGAAUUUUAUUUGAGAAGGUUACAAGAUUGAAACAGUCAAAA